AUAUCUCUCUCUCUCUCUCUCUCUCUCUCACACACACACACACACACACACAAAACCUUCGCUUUUGACAAGUUUAUCGAGAGAAACAGAGAUCCAAGGAGUUGGAACUUGGAAGAAGUCUCCCUGCAUUUCGAUUCAUACUUCUCGCGUUGAAGUUUGACCUGCAACAGAUAUCUUUUCAUCAAAUUCAACUUCUUCCUUCGUCUCAAUCCGAAUUAGCUGGUAGUAAUUGAAAUUUGAAGCGACCAAUCGGCGAUGGAAGAGGAAAAUGAAGUGGAGCUUUUACAGAGGUAUAGGCGAGAUAGGCGGAUACUUCUUAAUUACUUACUAUCUGGUUCUUUGAUUAAGAAAGUUGUGAUGCCACCUGGUGCGGUUUCGUUGGAUGAUGUGGAUCUAGAUCAAGUCAGUGUUGAUUUUGUUCUGAAUUCCGUGAAAAAAGGGGACAUGCUUGAGCUCUCAGAAGCCAUUAGAGAUUACCAUGAUAGUACUGGAUACCCUCAUAUGAAUGCAGGGUCUGAAGGUGAGUUUUUUUUGGCUACCAAUCCUGAAUUAUCAGGUUCACCUCCAAGGAGGGCUCCACCAGCUGUUCCUUUUGUGGCCCCAUCACCCAUUAUGUCAGACAUAACAUCACUGCCCUUUGAGGCAACAGAAGAGGAUGAACCAGUUAUAUCCAACUCAAAAUCUUUUAACUCGGGCCCAGCUCAGAAUUUAACUGUUGAUGACAUUGAUGAUUUUGAGGAUGAUGAUGAUUUGGAGGAACUGAAUAGUCGCAGGUAUUCAAGGAGAACAAUGAAUGAUACUGCUGAUCUUAUUGUGGGUUUGCCUGCAUUUGCAACAGGUAUAACUGAUGAUGAUCUUCGUGAAUCUGCCUAUGAAAUCCUUCUGGCUGCUGCAGGAGCUUCAGGGGGACUUAUAGUGCCAUCAAAGGAGAAGAAGAAAGAAAAGAAAUCCCGAUUGUUGAAGAAGCUUGGAAGGAGUAAGAGUGAACAAGUUACAAAUCAAUCCCAACAAUCGACUGGUUUGACUGGCCUACUGGAGACAAUGCGUGUCCAGAUGGAGAUUUCUGAGGCGAUGGACAUUAGAACAAGACAAGGGCUACUCAAUGCAAUGGCUGGAAAAGUGGGGAAAAGAAUGGAUGCUCUUUUGAUUCCUCUCGAGUUAUUAUCCUGUGUUUCUCGAACCGAAUUUUCUGACAAAAAAGCUUUCAUAAGAUGGCAAAAGAGACAAUUGAAUAUGUUGGAGGAAGGACUUGUGAAUCACCCAGUUGUGGGAUUUGGAGAAUCUGGUCGCAAAGCAAGUGAAAUGAGGAUUCUAUUGGCAAGAAUUGAAGAAUCUGAGUCAUUUGCACCUUCUGUGGGUGAACUUCAACGCAUAGAAUGUUUGAGAUCUCUGAGGGAGAUUGCCAUUGCACUUGCAGAGAGGCCAGCUCGUGGUGACUUAACUGGUGAAGUAUGUCAUUGGGCAGAUGGGUAUCAUUUGAAUGUCAGAUUAUAUGAGAAACUUCUUUCCAGCAUUUUUGAUGUUCUAGAUGAGGGGAAACUAACUGAGGAAGUGGAAGAAAUACUUGAGCUUCUAAAGUCAACGUGGCGUAUCUUGGGAAUAACAGAGACUAUUCAUCACACCUGUUAUGCAUGGGUGCUAUUCCGCCAGUUUGUUAUGACUAGAGAACAUGCACUUCUUCGACAUGCCAUUGAGCAAUUACAUAAAGUACCCUUGAAAGAAGAGCGUGGCCCACAAGAGAGAAUGCAUUUGAAAACCUUGUUUUGCAAAUAUGAAAGUGAAGAAGGCUCCCAAGAGCUAUCCUUUAUACAGUCCUUUAUAAUACCUAUUCAAAAGUGGGCUGAUAAGCAACUUACAGAUUACCAUUUGCACUUUCCUGAGGCAUUGGCAAUGAUGGAACAUGUGGUAUCAAUUUCAAUGCUAGCAAAGCGACUUCUUCAAGAGGAACAUGGAUCGCAUGAAGCUGUUACAGAUGGAGAUAAGAUAGAGUCCUACGUAUCAUCAUCCAUCAAAAGUGCAUUUGUAAGGAUAUUGCAGGAUGUUGAGACUAUGUCCAAUGCAACAGACGAACAUCCACUAGCACUAUUAGGAGAAGAAACAAGAAAGCUUUUGAAAAAAGAUGCAACCGUAUUCAUGCCAAUAUUAUCCCAAUGGCAUCCGCAAGCAGUUGUUGUUUCAGCAUCUCUCCUUCACAAGCUCUAUGGAAGCAAAUUGAAGCCCUACAUUAGUAGUGUUGAGCAACUUACAGAAGAUGUUGUGUUGGUGUUUCCUGCUGCUGAUGGUUUUGAGGAAUAUGUUAUGGACCUUAUCACUUCUUCAUGUGGAGAGGGACAAACAGAUGUCUCCUUGAAAAAACUUGCUCCUUACAAGAUUGAAUCAAUAUCUGGAACACUGGUGUUGCGUUGGGUCAAUUCACAACUAAGCAGAGUUUUGGGUUGGGUUGAGCGAGCUAUUCAACAGGAGAAAUGGGAACCAGUUUCGAUGCAGCAACGACAUGGGAGUUCAAUUGUUGAAGUUUAUCGCAUUAUAGAAGAGACUGUUGAUCAAUUUUUCGCUCUAAAGAUUCCUAUGAGAUCUGGAGAAAUGAACAGCUUGUUCCGAGGCAUUGAUAAUGCACUUCAAGUAUAUUCAAAACAUGUUGUUGACAACUUGGCUAACAAGGAAGACAUAGUUCCUCCUGUGCCAAUUCUGACAAGAUACAGGAGUGAAAGUGGAUUCAAAGCUUUUGUGAAGAAAGAGUUGAAUGAUUCAACUUCAAGGAUGCCAUUGCCUGAUAUGAGAAAGUCUAGAGACAUCAAUGUUAUGACUACAUCAACACUAUGUGUGCAGUUAAACACCCUUUAUUAUGGCAUUAGUCAUCUUAAUAAGCUGGAAGAUAGCAUUUGGGAACGCUGGAUAAGGAAGCAGAAGCAAGGAAAAUCCAAUAAGAGGUCUACAGAUGACAACUUGAGAAAAGAAAGCUUUGAUGGAAGUAGGAAAGAUAUCAAUGCAGCCAUUGACCGGAUUUGUGAGUUCACAGGGAACCCUUCAUUGAAAACCUAUAUAGACCUAGUGUUUCAGAGUCCAGGUUGGAAACAACCACUCAUUGAGCCACUUGAUGUGGAACUAAAUCAACUAUGUGAUAUCAUUGUGGAGCCACUAAGAGAUCGAAUUGUAACAAGUCUUCUUCAGGCAUCACUGGAUGGUCUAUUUAGAGUGCUAUUAGAUGGAGGUCCAUCGCGAUUGUUCAUGCCUUCUGAUGCUAAAUUCUUGGAAGAAGAUUUAGAGGUUCUAAAGGAAUUUUUUAUAUCUGGUGGAGACGGGCUUCCUCGUGGAGUUGUUGAAAACCAAGUAGCACGUGUUCGACAGGUGAUAAAGCUGCAGGGCUAUGAGACACGGGAGCUGAUUGAUGACAUAAAGUCUGCAAGUGCUACAGACAGAAGCAAGCUGGGUGCUGACACAAAAACACUAUUGAGAAUAUUGUGUCACAGGGGUGACUCAGAGGCUUCUCAAUUCCUAAAGAAACAAUACAAAAUUCCUAAAUCUGCUGCUUAGGGUUUGUCAAUACUUGGACAGGUUUUGUAUGAUUUUGUUUGUAUUGUAAAGUUGAUUUGUUAAAUACACACAAUCGGAUGGAUUUUGAUCAUAUGAUUCAUUAUUGGAU